AUGCCGCAGAAGGUUAUUGUCUUCUGUCAGCAUCAUAGGACUUCAGCCCAAGCGUGUAAUGAAAUGUGCAAUCGUUUGAAUUUCGCUCAUACCAGUGUCGUGCACGAGAUAAUGCGCAGUGCAGCCCUCAAGCGCAGUCAGUGUGCGACUAGAGGCGGCGUAGGAGACAAGCCCCUGAACGACAUGGAGGAAAGGGUCGUGGGACUUCUGAAUGUGGAGGCCAUGAUUGGCAUCCCAGGCGCGUUCGACAUUGGUGUUCCUGUAGAGGUACCUAAUGGCGAGCCCUUCAGCCUGCCGCUUUCCGGCACUCCCAUAACAUCGGACGCUGCUAGGCCCAGAUCAGUAGACCUAGUUCUUUCAUUCGAUACUACUGCAGAACCAAGCAGGCCUAGUUCAGUGAGGCCACGACAUACAAGCCAGGCUGAUAAUAUUCCGGAACGCCCGCAGGGUGAUGCAGAUGUCCACGGUGCAAGC